UUUCUGUCAUGUGCUCUAAUGAACAUGACACAAUGAUGUUCACAUCAGGCAAUGCUUCUUGCAGUAUCAAUAACAAUGUAUUUGUGAUGUCUGAGAUUGUUGAGAAACUGGAAUGUUUUCAUCCAUGUUUCUCUGUCGUCCACUAGUUUAUUGCCAACCCGUUGAAUGACAUGCACACUGAUGCAGUCACUACUGUUGUGUUGGAAGUCCAGUCUAACCCUAGCUCAGAAAGGUGUGGCCAUUGACUUUGACCUUUACCAGUAUCCACUUGCCUUAAUUGUCCCUUCCGGGGAAUAAAUAAAGUUUUAUUGUAUUGAAACUAUCACACAAGCAUGUACGCACAGCUAUUUUAAAGAAGGUCUCUCUGAACGAGAUGAUGGACCUGGCAGUGCAGCGUCUCUACGACGCCCUCAACCCUGUCGUAUGAGGGGUACAACCAGAGACAUACAUAAUUGGGUUCAAAGAACCCCUGAAAGGGGUCAUCCUGCAGCUACCUGAAGCAGGUGUCUGUUCCUCCGCAGACCUCCAACCCCCGUGCCUGAUAGUUGUUUAAUCCUAGGAUCAUUUUACCGUCGGAAAUCUACGUUAAUCAUUAGGGGGGGAAAUGAAGAAUGGAAGUCCAGAAGAAAUGUCAUCCUACUCCGCCCUUACUCUCACUGAUACUUCUAGAAUGGAUAGACUACUUGAGGGACAGCAGUGGCUGUCUGGAUCUGGUUAUGCUAUUAAAGAUGGGUGACCACUAAAGUUCACUGCAUUCUGUAACUAAGCAUUGAGAUGCAUGGCUCAAAUGCACUGAUUUGUUUGGACAUUUUGUAGAAAAAAAAAUAUGUUGAUAUAUAUUGGGUAUAGAAACAGCCAAAUAGUGUUUGAUCAGCAGUAUUAUCAGUGAUAGUGAACUGAAAGCAAGCAGGUGUGGUUGCUGAGUUAAUUAAUCAAUUAACAUCCCAUCGUGCUUAGGGUCAUGUAUAAAAAUGCUGGGCAGGCCAUUAUUUUGGCUACCAUGGCUAUGCCCCCAUAGGAUGACAAGACCCCCAUCCACAGGGCACGAGUGGUUUGAUGAGCAUGAAAACUAUACAAACCAUAUGCCAUGGCUGUCUCGGUCAUCUGAUCUCAACCCAACUGACCACUUAUGGGAGAUUCUGGAGUGGUGCCUGAGACAGUGUUUUCCACCACCAUAAACAAAACACCAAAUUAAGGAAUUUCCCGUGGAAUAAUGGUGUUCACAUCCCUCCAAUAGAAUUCGAAACACUUGUAGAAUCUAUGCCAAGAUGCAUUAAAGUUGGUCUGGUUUGUGGUGACCCAACGCCCUAUUAAGAUACUUUAGGUUGGUUCUGUAUCUAUGUUUGGAAUGUUGUUUGAAAACUUGUGAUCUUGUUUGUCAUUAUGAAAGUGUAUUUAUUUUAUAGUAAAGAAAAUGUAUGUCAUUCAUCAAAAUAGUGAAAUAAACAACAAAAAGGCGACUUGUCAAAUUAUUUUACUCUGCCAUUAUUAUUUUCACCUUCCACCUCCACACGGUAGAUGGCGCAAUUUAGCAUGCGAACGUCUAUCAUUCAGUCAGCACUGCUUUCAUUUCUAAAUCUGAAAGUAUAAAGUUAGCUCUCGGCUCAACAUUUGAACUAGCGAGCAAUGUCCAAAAUCAAGAACAUAAUUUGGCCUCAAGUGAUUUUAUUUGGCGACUCGAUCACACAGUUUUCAUUCCAACCGAAUGGAUGGGGUUCCGAAAUUGCUAAUCAACUAGCCAGAAAAUGUGACGUUGUGAACAGAGGGUUGUCAGGCUACAACUCCAGGUGGGCAAAGAUUGUCUUGCCUCGCCUCAUCUCCAAGGACAGUGCUUCAAGCAACCACAUAGCUGCUGUCACGGUCUUCUUUGGUGCCAACGACUGUGCUUUAGAAGAUAAGAACCCACAGCAGCACAUCCCAUUGCAGGAGUAUUCCGAGAACCUGAAGGACAUUGUCAAACACCUGGGGUCUGUGGGUGUGUCUGCAGACAAGGUCAUCUUCAUCACUCCUCCACCUCUGCAUGAGCCAGCCUGGGAGAAGGAGUGUGUCCUGAAAGGCAGUGCUCUGAACCGUCUCAACUCUGUGGCUGGCCAGUAUGCCCAGGCCUGUGUGCAGGCUGCCGGUCAGUGUGGGGCAGACGUGCUGGACCUCUGGACUCUCAUGCAGAAAGAUGGACAGGACUUCACAGGCUACCUCUCAGACGGGCUCCAUCUCUCUGAGAAGGGGAACCAGUUUGUGUCACAGCAUCUGUGGACGCUGUUGAAGAGCAGGGUGGAGGAGUUGCCCUUCAUCCUGCCUUACUGGGGCGACGUAGACCCUAAACAGCCAGAGAGCGGUCUACUGUGUGACUGAUGGCCCUCAGGCUGAGUGAGAGGGUGAAGGGGCCUCAGGUCCACACAGUUAUGUCCACUGGUCGGCUACGGUAAUGGGAUGGAAUCAGUCCUCAUUCCAUACGACGGAAAUAUAUAAAACCACGAUAUGACAUGUUUUAAAUGUUAUUUUUAAAAUUCCUGAGGUCUGUUUUGAAACACAUUCUUUAUUUUUUAGAAUGUGUGUGUUCACUGUAAGCAAGAAGCCAGUUUCAAGUGGGCAUACACAUUUUAUUCAUCCAGGUCAUUGAGUACACCCUGCACAUGAAACAGGACAGUCAGAAGACAUAUGGAGUCGAGUUUCCCCUCGCAUCUCAGAGCUAAUACUAUGAUGUAGGCUUAUACUCACGAUAUCUGUGGACAAUAGGCUAUUAUAACAAAGCUGCAGAAUGCCCUUGGCCCACAAGCAAACAUUACAACAUAUACGCAAGUACUCAUCACCUAAUAUACAGGAAAUGGUGAAAAGAUUCUACAAGCUGAUAGGUAUUCAUUCAUCAUUGGCACAAGAAUAUUCCAAAGAAGGGCUUACGGAGCUUAGAAAUAGCAGUUCCCAUUAGUAAGCACAAUUUUCAUCUGGGGUGAUAGUGACAUUCCCGUUGCCUACAGUACAUACAGAAAUAAGUAUCAGUGGUCAAAAUGAAAACAUUUAGGCUCAACUUCAGAAAUAAGGCACUAGUGUUGUGGAUUUUUUUUUAAAUUAAAUAAAUCAGAAGUUGGUCAA